UACCAUAUGUACCCCGCAGGCUGACUCUUUUCCAACCACACUCACCGCAAACACACCACUCCAACCCCCCCAUCGAACAAAAGCCAGCAACCCUCGACCUCGCAGGACAAACUAUUUGACCUCGAUCGAUCUGCUCAACACGCCAUCUUGUGACCGAACGAACAACCCCACCGACAAGCAUCAACACAGCCUCACUUCCAAAAACCACUCACCAACAAUACAAAACACUGAAGAACAUGUCAGCCAGUCCAGACACUCAACAACCAACCCAUCAAACUAGGAUAUGUCGCUUCCUAACCACCCCGCCCUUGCCCCCGCUCAAGGUCGCCAUCAGCAUCACUCAGCACUCGACCAUCGAUCAACUCAUCUCAAAGAUCAACCAGACUAUUCUCAACGAAGCAGACUCAACCGAAUUCGCCGACUUGAUCCAACCACCCAACCCUUCCCAUCGGCUAGUCUUGGAGCUUCCCGAUGGCUGUAGAUUACCCCCCACCGAGCCAUCCAGUAUCAUCCCUCAGGAUCAACUCGUAACCAUCCGUUUGUGUGCCAGGCCACAGCCCCAGUUGCGAUUGGAGCCUUCCGCUCAUAGCUUCAUGAACCGUCUGGCUUCUCAACCAAACUUUCCAUCAUCAAACCAUCAGCUUCAUGAUCAUCCAUCCAGAAGAAUCUUAACCGAUCAACCGAUUCAUUCAGGCCACCAAAGCAUUCUACAAGGUUCAUCCUCUCAAAUCAUUCGACCAUCCCAAUUCAACCCGAUCACCCAUGGCACCCAGAAUUCUUUCUUCACCCAGGCUUCUUCACUAGAAUUAUCUCCUCAGAACACUCAAGGAAGCCAUCAACACUUUACAGAAUCAUUCCACCUCCAGUCGGGCACUCGAAGUUUGUUCAGUUCCAGAACACGUUUCACUUCGCUUCCAGUAGAGCAAUCUGCCUCCCACCAUCUCAUACAGCUACCAUCUACCCACCAAAUCGAACACAGUUUUUCCCAACAGUUUGAGGCAGACCCACGGCUUCAGACUCAGGAAAAUCAUACCUCACCUGGGAGGCAAGCCCUGGAGUUCCCUUACCGAUCGCCAUCUACUUCUUCUGAAGAACCCAAACCAAACCUGGAAGAACUUGAUCAAUCUACAAAUCAUCAACAGCUAUCGUCCCCUCAAGUACCUCGCGUUAGGAGUCAUAUUGCCGCCUUCAGGAAAAUUGCUUUCAGACACUACCUUUCAAGUGAAUCCGACUCGUCUUUCGAUGGCGAUGGGUCAUCCUCCUCCUCGGAUGACUCCGACGACUUUGCCUCAUCCUCCAGGAAAGCACGAGGCAAGAAGAACAAGGCCGACUCUCGUCAGUCUCACUCACGAAAAGUGAAGCUCGAGCAGCUUCCACCACGCAGGAUCUCCACUCGGCAUAGUAUGGGCGGGCUAGCCAAUCGGCGGUUCGCCUCUUCACGUCCCAAACGCAAGAGCGCUCCAGUCCGCUUUGAUCUUCCUAGUGACGACGAUGAGCGAGUUCAUCAAUCAGCUAUCAUCCGCGAUGAGAUUCGUAGAGGCAAGCAAGCCCACAGUGAUGACAGCUCCUCUUCCCACCAUCACGCCGAUCACUCAUUCUCGCCCCUCCCUCGAAAGCAUCACAUCUCACAGCGAGUCCAAGUUGUCAUCCCCCCCUCACCUGGCUUGGUUGCACCGGCUUAUCUCAAACGCAAACGCACCCAACCCAAAUCUUCUCCGAACCUCUCGCCCAAAGAAUCCAACAUCCCUCCCUCUCCUUCCAAUCAAUCCUCCAAUUGUACCAGCUCCUCCACUAACUCGACAAACCUGAACGCCCAAGAAGAUUCCUCUGAACUGGUUGACGAACCAAGCCAGUCGGCCAUCAGUCGCAGUUCCUCCCAGAGCUUUGGCCCUGCCAACAGUUUGGACCCGGAGAAAGGCGACAGUCCGAGUAAGAGUUGUGGGCCGACGAAGGCCAAGAGUUUGAGCCCGACGAAGACGAACAGUAUGAGCCCGGACAAGUCCGCUCCGUCUCUAUCUGCUGGGCGGACAGUCCGGUCGGUGUACCAGAUCUACGUCCACGACAUGAAGUUCAAGUCAGCCUCCGGCCAAGGGCCGCAACGGAUCCCGAGCUCGAGCUCGGGACUCAACGAUAACUCGACCCUCCGCCAGGUGAUCGAGCGGCUCAAGUUGGACCAACAUGCCAGUUGGAAACUGAUCAUUGGAGACAAGGUCUGGCUCAGCGAGGCCUCCUCCCUCAAGCGUGCCCAGACUCGUGGCGGACAGACUCGGAAACUCGACGGCCUCCUCGACGGUCGGAUCGUCCAGAUCAAUUGGUCAUCCUCUCUCAAAGAACUUGGCGUCUUUCCGUUGUCUAAUCUCGUCUCUGAUGUCGAUGUUAAGCCCCUCCAAAUCCAAGUCAUUCGUAAUUGGGACCUUAAGUGAGAUGGAUCAUUAUAUACCUCUCACACCGACCUCUGGACAAAUUUUAUUUUUUUUGGGGGGCGGGGUUGAUGGCACUUAUAUAAGGUGAUCAGAUGCUUGAUCAUGAGGCAACAUAUCCUAUGCUUAGUUUUUUUUUUUUUUUUUUUCGAGUCCCAUCUUUUGGAGAAAUGAUGUACAACCCUACCGCUCAUGUAGUUCCGUUUAUUUAUUUAUUUAUUCUCUCUUUCUUUUCCUCAGGGGACGACGGUUGAUCCAGACAGACCAACCUGAUCUGGAAUAUGGGGUGUCCGUGUAAUGCUGAAAUUAGUUUUUUGGGUGGCUGAAUUGAUAAUAUGUACAAUAGUCAUAAUGCUUGGGUUGCUGUUCUGUAUUCCAGGGGUUGCUUCAACCUCCAAUGUUCUACUUUUCUCUUCUUUUCUUUGGUGUUGAUGUCCUCAACAUUGCUGAUGCUCAUGUCCUUAACAUUGAUGUCCUUAUCAUUGCUGAUAUGUUUGUGAAGUUCCUUCAACAAGGUUUUCUGAGGAAUUUCAAAUGGCUUAUUGCAACAUUAUUAAGCAAAGGGAGUGCAAUGUUUA